AUGGUAUAUGGUUCUCGUUGUAUAAUAGAUAUCAAUCCUGUUAUCACAGAAAUGGUGCGACCCCUCGCUAACUGUGAACCCUGUCGUGGACUCCACUCUGUGCCUGUCGAAAGAAAUAUCUCCGUCGAAGAAUUUAUGAAAAAAUAUGCGUUCACUGGCGUGCCUGUUUUAGUUAAAGACGCUACCACAAAUUGGACGGCUAUGAACGAGUUCAGUUAUCAUUUUUUUAAGGAUUUAUACGAUUCCCUGGAAGGAUCAUUCCAAGUUAACGAUGAAGAGUGUCAGUUUUUUCCGUAUAAAACAGAAUUUGAAAGUUUAGAGGAAGCAUUCAGUAUGCCUGAAGAUCGAGUUAAUUUUAAAGAAGGUGAAAAACCAUGGUAUUUUGGAUGGAGUAAUUGUCACGAAGGGGCGGCUAAAAUUCUCCGUAGCCAUUACCAGCGACCAUAUUUUAUUCCAAAUGAUUCUGAAUCCAGCACUAUUGAUUGGAUGUUUAUGGGUGGAACUGGUCUGGGCGCUUUCAUGCAUUUAGAUUACGUUGAGCGGCCAUCUUGGCAGGCACAGAUUUCAGGUAAAAAAACAUGGACGUUAGAACCAGCUCCUGAAUGUGAGGGAAUCUGCCACGCUUUGAGUGCUACUGUAGAAAAAGGAGAUAUCUUUGUGAUAGAUACUAAUAUUUGGUAUCAUUCAACGUUUAUUCACCCUGGAGAAGUGAGUUUAACGAUUGGUUCCGAAUACGAUUAA